AUGGUUCUCCCACAGCAUUUUCCACACUCUACUCGGUCACUCCUGGGCAGCAUCUCUUCACUCCCCCAGUUCAGGAGAGUCAUUCCUCUGUCGCAAAACGAAGCCAUCUUUACUGCCUCCGAGCUUCCCCCAGCUUUUAGCUCCUACACGGACAAAGACUGGAAAAAAAUCAGCAUUCCCGGAAGCCCGCUAGUCAGGCGCCACGAGCCCCAGUCCAAGGCAGACCACGCCCCCUUCCCUGGCUGCGCCCCCAACCCUGGUUCCGCCCCUCGUCCCGGAUGCUGUGGACGCCUCGCCGGCUUCCACGUCGUUCCUUGGUCGUGGGAGGCCUCUGAGCGCCUCAUCCCGGAAUCCCGCGAUUCCUUGACCUCCAGCAUCCCCCCUGAGGCUCAGGAGGCUCUGCCGUGUGCGUCUUCUCGGGGCGCUCCGGGUGAGGCCUGCCGCGCGUCCAGGCUGCUCGCGCUCCUGCUGCUGUUGCUGGUGCCCGUGCCUGGCGGCGCCUCCGAGAUUACCUUCGAGCUGCCCGACAACGCCAAGCAGUGCUUCUACGAGGACAUAGCUCAGGGCACCAAGUGCACCCUCGAGUUCCAGGUGAUUACUGGUGGUCACUAUGAUGUAGAUUGUCGAUUGGAAGAUCCUGAUGGUAAAGUGUUAUACAAGGAGAUGAAGAAACAGUAUGAUAGCUUUACCUUCACAGCUUCCAGAAAUGGGACAUACAAAUUUUGUUUCAGCAAUGAAUUUUCUACUUUUACACAUAAAACCGUAUAUUUUGAUUUUCAAGUUGGAGAAGACCCACCUUUGUUUCCUAGUGAGAACCGAGUCAGCGCACUUACCCAGAUGGAGUCUGCCUGUGUUUCCAUUCAUGAAGCUCUGAAGUCUGUCAUUGACUAUCAGACUCAUUUUCGAUUGAGAGAAGCACAAGGCCGCAGCCGAGCAGAGGAUCUAAAUACUAGAGUGGCCUAUUGGUCAGUAGGAGAAGCCCUCAUCCUUCUGGUGGUUAGCAUAGGGCAGGUAUUUCUUCUGAAAAGCUUUUUCUCAGAUAAAAGAACCACCACAACUCGUGUUGGAUCAUAACUGCGUUGUGAGAAGUGAUGUACCAUUGCCACUGUAAUAUUGUUGUGCUCUAAUUUUAGGUACUGAAGAACUUAAUAUUGGCAACAUUUUAAAACUUUGCUCAUGUACUUGUUGGGAGAGAUGUACAAUGCAUAUUCCCAAAGUAUGGAAAGGACACCUUUAUUUAUUUGUAAAGGUGGAAAAACUUUGGACUUAUUUUGGGCUGUUCAUGUUAAAUAUUCAAUACCAAUGAUCUACUUUUUUCUUAGUUGUUUGUAUUUACUCUUCACACACUAAACUUUGGUAUUUUGAUUCCUUUUAAUCAUUUAAAAUACUUUUCUUGUAGUUGAUAUUUUUUAAAAAAAACUUAGAUUUAAUGUCUAGAUGUGUUAUGGAGGAAGGAAACUGCCUUUUUUUGUGUGUAUAGUGAAUAAAGUUAUGUUUUUAAGGAAACCAAAUAUGAUUAACUGUAGCCCAAGCCCUGUUCUGCACUGCUUAAUUAUAUGGGGGGGGUGUCUUCCAUAGAUAUGUUAAUUAACAUUGAUAUGAUUUUUAGUUGAUUGUGGUAUAAUUUAUUUCUUGCUUACUUGGAAAAUGUUAGAUUUGGGGUUUUGAGUGGUUUAUUCUAUGAUUUACAGCUUUUUCUACAAGGCUACCACAUAGAAAAUGGUAUGUAUCCAUAACAGGAGUUUUUACAGACCUUAAAAGUCAGAUUACUAUAAUAGGUAGAAUAAUAAUUUGGAGGAGGGUUGAAUUGAGGGGUAAAAUUUUUUGUGGUUUCUCUACACCCUACAUUUCUAGUGCUGUUACGAGGAAAAGUAAUUUGUGUCAUUUUGACAUUUUAACUGGCUGGAUCUUGCUCUUAAUACUGCUUUGGCGUCUUCAAGUUAUUCCCAGUUGAAG